AUGAAUUUAUCACCGACGAUUACCCGGGUACACGUCAAUGCAAGCUGGGGCUUUCACAUUCUGGAUGCUGGCGCACCUCCCGCGAUGAUGGCCACAUCGAUGUGGGUAUUUGUGUCCUUCAGUGUUGCAGUACUUUUUCUAGAGGUGCGCCCCGCCGCAAUACGCCGCAUCCGAGCUUCGGCAGUGCACGAGGCGGGCGUGAUCACGGAUGAUGUGCAGAGGCCUGCGCACCCUCGCUGGCUGUGGCGCCUGCUGAUUGCUGUAUGGACAUGCGCGCUUUACGACCUGGUGUACCGAACCUGCAGCUGCUGUGUGCUAUCGCCCCACAUGCUUGCUCGUCGUCGAUUGCUGCCGCUGGGAAACAGCUUUGUCUGGGAUGGACUGUGGACCGAGUGGGUGAACUGGGUACGCUUCUACAUAUUUUGCACGCCUUUUGCGACCAUGUCUGCGGCGACACAACCCAACUCAUGCGCAGACUGGAAGCUUCCCCUUGCUGGCGCUCUGGCCUAUGACCAGUAUCCAGAAUACGCAGCGUUGAACUUGAGUCGCCCGCCUACCCCAGCUGAGGUGAGGCGCUACCAUAGCGUGUGUCUCGCAUCGCUUGCGAUCACUUGGAUAGUGGUGGUGGCUCUGCACGGGCAGUACACUCUAGUGCGCCGUAUCUUCUCCGGCGCACUGUUGUCUGGUACGGCGAGUCCCGACUACCUUGUAGCUCAUGAGCCAGCGCGCGUGGAGGCGGAGGCGGAGGGGCAAGCAAUGUGUACACACAACUUUACCACAGCACUUGACGCCGCGGAGGCCCCGGGUGACGAUUCGUGGGUGGACAGUCCUGAGGCUAUCGCCGAGGAGGCACGUUGGUUGCAGCAAGACGAGCAGCUGGGUCUAGAGCAAGGGUUAGGGUAUCGAGUAAGCGUGUCUGCCCAGAUUACUGCUUCGUCUACUUGGCAUAUUCUGUGGCAGUGCUGGCCAUCGUUUGCGGCCGCCGUCUACGCGACGCUCUACGCCUUUGUUGGCGGAUUGCCACUUCUCAUGAUUCUCCUCUUUCCUGCAGCUCUUUUGGUCCUCUCUGUCAUGACGAUGCUCGUCCCGGUGUGA